GUUACUUUCCUUGAAUUUUAAGCUAACGAAAAUUAUAUAAAUAUACAUAUAAACUUAAAACUUUUAAUUAAUUAAUUAAUUAUUUAUUUAAAAAAAAACCGCCGAGGAGAAUCCUUAAGAUGACGGUGCGCUCACCUUUCGGCUCUCUCUCGGUACAGCCAAAGUUAAAGAUUCUUCCUUUCUAUUAAAGUAUAUAUAUUUUCCUUCUUUUCUAACCGGAAAAAGGAAGAAUAUUUUUAUCAGAUUUCCCAGUUUACCCUUAUUAUUUCUCUUAAUUCUCUCUUACACCCAUCCUCCGGAAGCUUACCCCUCGUUUCUUUUUUGUAUAGCGCGAUCUGGGUAAUUUCAAAAGAAGGGGGAAAAAAUGCUUUGUAGAAUGGUGUUGAUGUCCCGGAAAAAGAAAGUCGGAUCGGUUCCGGUUUACUUGAAUGUAUAUGAUUUGACUCCGAUUAAUGGAUACGCUUAUUGGUUUGGCCUUGGGAUCUAUCAUUCUGGUGUUCAAGUUCAUGGGGUUGAAUAUGGUUUUGGAGCGCAUGAGCAUUCAACGACUGGAAUUUUUGAAGUGGAACCAAAGCAAUGUCCUGGUUUCACAUUUAGGAAAUCUAUUUUGAUUGGAAGGACAGAUUUAGGUCCGAAAGAUGUCCGCUCGUUCAUGGAGAAACUUGCUAAAGAGUACUCGGGGAAUUCGUACCAUCUCAUCACCAAGAACUGCAACCAUUUCUGCAAUGAUGUGUGUAUUCAGUUGGUAGGGAAGCCGAUUCCGCGUUGGGUUAAUCGUCUUGCUAGAUUGGGUUUCCUUUGCAACUGUGUUCUCCCAGCAGGGUUGAACGAGACGAAGGUUCGCCAAGUUAGAUCCGAAAGUACUGGUCAAGAGGUAGAGAAGAAGAAGCUGAGAAGCCAUUCGAAUAGAUAUAUACCUUCUUCCACUACCCCUCUACCCCCUUCUUUGACUUGUCCUCCUGACUCUACAACAACAACAAACGGUAGACAAAAGCGACGUCUUCGAUCUUCAUCACAAUCAUCUUUGAUUCACACAUCUUCGACCUCGAGUUUGAGCUUGAAGGUUUAAAAAAGUCCGACAGUUGGUACGGUUUUUAAGGGUUCACAAAUGCAAAUAGUUCUUACUGCCCCUCUCCCACCAUGUUUUGAGCUGUUGUUGUAGAUGAAUGGGUUAACUGUGAAUGGGAAAUAUCUAUUUUGUUGGUUCUCAUCGUGGUCUGUGCUGGUUGCCAAAUGACGUAAGUGUCAAAAGCGUGUUGUGUUAGAGAAGUGUUGGAUGUUUGGUAAUGGAGAGGCAGAGACUAUUAAAAGUGUUACGAAUAUGGCCCAUUAAAUAGUGUUUCGGCUAACGUUCUAAAUGUGAAUGAAUGAUUAUGGCCCGACCGUGUACUACUUGGUGCGGUGGGGACCUUUGGUCACUGUUAUCUUGAUUCCACAAAGGUCCCACUUGUUUGAACUCCAAAUCUAGGGUUUUUCACCGGAAUGUUAUAAAAAAAAAUGCGAAAA